AUGGCUCGCGUCGCUGCACUCUGCAUCUUGGCCGCGGCCCUGUGCAUGCUCCGAAACAUCGCCUUUGUCUCAGCGCCUGCGCGCACCACCGCAGACCCCGCAGUGGCAGCUGGCGCAGCGGUGUUGGCCACCGUGCCAAUGGGAGCAGAUGCCUUCGUCUUCAAGGGCAAGGAGUACUUCGAUGUCUUCUAUGGCAUUGAGCCUCUGGCCUGGGCCUUCUGCGGAUUUGUCAUUGUCUACUAUGGUGCUGUGGUGAAGAACGCCGCGCAAAAGUACAACGUCCCCAUCCAGAAGAUUCCUCCCAAGGUCGGAACCUUCGUCGGCAAGGAGGUUGAGGUGGAGGUCUUGAACAGGCGUGGCAUCCCGAAGCAGUGA